UUCACGGCUCUGAAGGAGUCUGUUGAGAGAAGCUUGGAUGAGUUCAUCAAAACGAUAGAAAAGAAGCAGAAAACAACACAGAAACAGGCUGAAGGAUUCAUCAAAGAGCUGGAACAGGAAAUAUAUGAGCUGAAGAAGAGAAGCGCUGAGGUGGAGCAGCUCUCACGCUCUGAAGACCACCUCCAACUUCUCAAAUGUGUCCAGUCUCUGAAAGCUGCUCGACUCUCCAAGGACUGGACAGGGGUCAGAGUCCGUCCACCAUCAUAUGAAGAGACUAUGGUGAGAGUUGUGUCUCAUCUGAAGGAGACACUCAAUAAAGACAUGAAGAAGCUGCUCCCUGAACCUGAGCUGAAGAGGGUCCAGCAGUAUGCAGUGGAUGUGACUCUUGAUCCUGAUACAGCAAAUCCCUACCUCAUCUUGUCCCGUGAUGGGAAACAAGUGAAACACGGUGAUGUGAAGAAAAUUCUCCCAGACAACCCAAAGAGAUUUUCCCGUUAUAUUUGUGUUUUAGGAAGGCAGAGUUUCUCUUCAGGCAGAUUUUACUUUGAGGUUCAGGUUAAGGAAAAGACUGACUGGGCUUUAGGAGUGGCCAGAGAGUCCGUCAACAGGAAGGGAGAUGUCCCACUGACCCCCCAGGGUGGUUACUGGACUGUGUGGUUGAUAAAGGGAAAUGAGUACAUAGCGCUCGCUGGUCCUUCAGUCCGUCUCUCUCUGAAGUCUCCCCCUCAGAAGGUGGGGGUGUUUGUGGAUUAUGAGGGGGGUCUGGUCUCCUUUUAUGACGUAGAUGCUGCAGCUCUUAUGUACUCCUUUACUGGUUGCUCCUUCACUGGAAAACUCCUCCCGUACUUCGGCCCCUGUACUAAUAAUGGUGGUAAAAACUCUGCACCUCUGAUCAUCUUACCUGUCAAUCAAAGUGGCUGA